AUGUACACUGAAGCGUACCGCUACAGAGCACAUGUCAAACAGAUGUCGAGAUGGAAUUUAAUUGAUUUAUCACAAAAAAUAAGAUAUCAUCCAUCCUCUGUAAUAUAUCAUCCAAAUGAUAGUAUAAUUAUUCCAGACAAUGCUAUCAUCAUUAGGCGUAAAUCAAUAAUUCGAUGUUUACUGCCUAGACAACAUAGUGACACUUCAAAAGUUGACUUAAAUCAAAAUCAACACUAUCGAACAGAUUAUGAAGGAAAAGAUCAACUUUUUGCUAUACAAAACAAUGACAGUCAUGAAUCUGGUUCAAGAUUAGGUGAAUACCGAAUAAGUGAAAAUUUAAAGUCAACUUUUGAAAAAGAAGAUGAGAACAAAGCUGAGAAUUUACUUGAACGUGAGGCGCAUAUUGGUGCAUUAGCUUUAGCAUGGGCAUCAGGUACACAUAAAUCAAGAAAAUCUGCCUAUGAAAAGCAUACGAAUCAUAGAAGAAACCUACAUGAAACUACGCAACGUAAGUUACGAAGAUAUAACAAUAAUAAGUCAACUACUGUCGGUUCUAACUCAAAAACAAAUCUAUCUACAUUGAGAGAACUUAGUGCUUCUAUUUUUUCUUCACCUAAAAGGAGUCCAUUGCUGAGUUAUACCCCUCAUCCGAGGGACACCCAACAACCUAAUGUGUGUCAUUCAAAUGACGAGACCAGUAACCUUGAGAAUAGUAGUCUUAUACUACCUGAUAAACCUCAUAAUUAUCACAAUAGUAAUAAAACUAACAAUGGUCUAUGGCAUCAAAAGACAAUGAAGACGAUUAUUAAUGAUACAGCGAAAAUUGCCAUUUCACCAAUUAUUUGCUCCAGUGGAGAGCAAGAUGCUUCGAAUAGACUAAGCAGAGAUACAGCCUAUUAUAAUUCAAUGGAUUCAAUGCCUGAAAGAUGUCUGCCCACAUGUAAACAGAAUGAUAAACGCUUUAUUAGUUUAAGCCAAUUAGAACAAACAAAUCAAGAGGAUGAUGACGGCCAGGAAUUACUACCGAAUGAACCGUCUACUGUUCGACAAUCCUAUCGACAACAACAACAAAUGAAAUUGCAAGAAUCUCAACAAACUCAAAGUAAAAAGUCUUCCUUAGUAUCAGAACAAACUUAUAAUGUUGGUGAUAUUUCUGAAAGUGAUGAUGAAGGCAGUACUCGACCUAUAGGUAUACGAGCAAAAAUACGUCGAAAUGCCGAAGAUUUACGUCCAUUAUACGGAACUGGUGGUCCACUUGGCUCUGUACAACCACAAGUAAACUAUAAAGCACAAAAUCGUGGUAUUGGUUGGAGAUUACACUGGCGAAAGAUAUUUAAUGAAAGACGAAGAAAAAUUGCUGAUUAUUCACUAUUUUUUGCUGUAAUGGGCAUUUUACUAAUGGUAUUUGAAUUGGAAUUGAUUAUGGCUAAAGUUUACUUAAAAACAUCAAUUUAUUCGAUGUUAAUGAAAUCCUUAAUCAGUGCAUCAACGCUUAUAUUGGUUGGCCUUACACUUGUUUACCAUGCAGUUGAUAUUCAACUAUUUUGUAUUAAUAAUUGUAUUGAAGAUUGGCGGAUAGCACUAAAUUGUAGAAAAAUUUCUUUAACACUCAUUGAAGUAUUCAUUUGUCUAGUACAUCCACCACCAAUUCUAUCCAACUAUAAUAUUUAUGCAUAUAAUAGUGCAUAUCAUACAUCAUCAAGUGUAUGGAGUUUCAAACAAGCUAAUGAUGUUGUAGUUGACAAUUCCUUAUUAUCAUCUAAUGAAUUACAUAAUACACAUUAUAAUAAUUCCACCUAUCGAUUAGUUGAUCUACCAUUUCCAACUGUACCUAUUACUUCUAAUCAUAAUGAUAUAUCAAGUGAAAAGAUUAUGCCUAUGGUCACUCUUGAAUUAACUUUAUCUGUUCCAAUGUUUUUACGAUUAUAUUUAAUUUUUCGUGUACUAUUACUGCAUUCAACAAUGUUUACAGAUGCUGGUUCACGUAGUAUUGGUGCAUUGAAUCGUGUUAAAAUUAAUGUCCGAUUUGUAUUGAAAACAUUAGCUACAGUUUGUCCCGGUACUAUGCUUUUAAUAUUUAUUUUAUCCAUGUGGAUUGUUACCAGUUGGAUAAUGCGAGUUUGUGAAAGAGAACAAAAUAAAGAAUAUGAAAAAUUGUUAAAUUCAAUGUGGUUAAUUGCUGUCACAUUUUUAAGUAUUGGCUAUGGUGAUAUGGUACCGAAUACAAAUUGUGGUAGGGCAAUAUCUGUGUUAGCUGGUGUAAUGGGCUCUGCGUGUACAGCACUUGUUGUCGCUGUAGUAGCACGAAAAUUAGAAUUGACAAGAGCUGAAAAACAUGUACACAAUUUUAUGCAAGAUAAUAAAUUUUAUAAAAAUUUGAGACAUUCAGCGGCAAAUGUUUUACGUGAAACUUGGCUAUUCUAUAAGUAUACAAGACUUGUAAAACGUGUUAAACCAGCCAGAGUGCGAAGACAUCAAAGAAAAUUUUUGACAGCUAUAAGCAGGCUAAGAAAGGCGAAAGAUAGUCAAAGGAAGCUGAAAGAAGAAGCUAAUUCAAUGGUAGAUUUAGCUAAAUUGCAGACAAGCAUCUAUGAUACUGUGAAUUAUAUUCGAGCAGAUCAGACAAUUUUCGUUCAACGUCUAGUCGCAGUUGAAAAGUGCAUGUCGUCGAUUCAGGCUUAUGUAAAUCAAAUGUCAGACACCUUCACAGGGAUUAUUGAUACACUUGGUACAUGCAGUAGUACUACAGUUCCACUAGAAGAUGAAGCAUUGGCUAAAAUCAAUUUAUCCCCGCAGCCAACACAGCCAACACAACAGUUGUCAAGUUCCAAUGAAUCUUUGAAAGGCUAA